GAAGCGAGGAGUCCGCGUUGGAGAAAGACCCCCGACCCUCUCUCCCAUGGAGAUGCUUUAUUGCGCGCUGCUGUUGCUGCUCUGGACGGGAGUUUUUUGCAAGAGCUCCUGCCCCAACGGCACCUUCAGCCCCGGGCCAAGCGAGUCUUGCCGGCAAUGCAGCGUCUGCGACAGAACUUUGGUCUACAAGCAAAAAUGUACCAAAACUACCGACGCUAUUUGUGAAUGUGCUCGGGGUUAUUCGUGUGGCCAAAAUUGCGAGGCGUGUGAGUGUCCCCUUGGACAGCAACGCACGAUUACAGGUUGUCAGAAGUGUCCGGAGAAGACUUUCAAUGAUCGACCUACAGGUGAAUGCAAGCCAUGGAAAAAGUGUCCAGGUGAUAAGAUUCGGGAACCGGGGACCAAGGAGAGAGAUGUGGUUUGCUGGAGUGAGUCAGAAAUCCCCACCACCAAGCCCUCCACUUCUCUCGCUGUCUUCUCUACUAAGGCUUCAGAGGAGGGGAAACAAUUGAUCCUCAUCACCACUGCUUUUGUCAUCACUGCCUUUCUGUUUGCCACGUGCAUGGUGUUGGCCUACCUUUUCUUCCGAUCCUGGAUCCAAAAGAAGCCCCCGAAACCUUCCCAUGGGCAGUUAGCUCAAGAGGUAGAUGACUGCACCUACAGAUACCCCGAAGAAGAAGAAGGAGGAAGCUGUGAAGCACCUUCCAGUCUCAAAGGGGGCCUUUUGGAAUAAUAUUCAUAAGAUGUAUCACUCGGGGUCAAAGAGCCAAGAAGGCUUCUGUGACCCCCCCCAAACGACCUCAAAGCAUUUGAGCAACUCUGCUUUUGAAAGAAUCCCUGACACCUUCAGAAGAUGCCAUUGAAGAAUCGCGUUUAACCUCUUUAAACGGGUUUAUCUCUUCACGGAACUGGGCUAUCGCCUCGAUGGCCCUUGAUUUGAUCUUAAAACAAAAACUCAACACAACACAAUGGGACACAUUGGGAUGAUUUUUGACAGGGGAAGAGGGUUGUUGUUUAGAUGGCCGGAAGGCGACAGGAAAAAUACCCCAUGGCUCAAUCCUCAUGCAAAAAUAAAAACACGGCGUUGAAGCAAAGUCC